AUCAAAGACAGUUGAAGCUUGUGAUUCAACAACUGAUUGGCCGAGCACAAGCACAAGAAAGAAAACUUCAUCCAAUAAAAUGACUUCUAAAAACUCGAAUUUUGAAAAUAACCAAUCCAAAUCUUUCAAAAGAAAAUCAGAUUUAGUGGUUAAUAAUAAAAUUGACUCUAAAAAACAAAAAGUGAUUUUAAGUAAUAAAAUAAUUAAAAAAUUUUCAAAGUCAUCUAACAAUGGCAGAGUUUCAACGAGGAACAGUUGUCUAGCCUCUCGGUCAAUUAGUACGACGAAUAAUAAUAAUAAUAAGAUGAAUAAUAAAAUCAAUAAUAAUAAUAAUAAUAAUAAUAAUAAUGGCAGCAACAAUGCCGUAAAUAAUGAAAAUAAAAUUGCUGGGGACAAAAGUAUCGCUAAUAUAAAUAAUACCUCUACUAAUAAUUCUAACCAGCCCAAGAAAAAUAAUAACAAUAACGAUAACAAUAAAAAUAAUAAUAAAAAUGUCAGUAAUAAUAGUAAUAAUAAUAAUCGUGAAGAUGAUGAUGAGAACGGUGACGACGAUCUUAUCCCUUUGUGUCAUGGUGAUUUUGUUUGGGCUCAGUGGAAUAACUCGCCAUCUUACCCUGCCAUUAUUGUGGAUCCGAGAUUGAUGCACAACGACAGCCUAACUCUCCAUAGCGUCAGGAGGGGUAAUUCUCUGAGAAAUAACAUCAACAAUAAUAACAACAGUAAUAAUAACAACAACAACAAUAAUAAUUACAAUAAUAUAAUUCCUGUGCCCUCUGAUGAUGUCGUGAGAGUGAAUGAUAAAAUGAACAGUGGGAAGUUUCUCGUCUGCUUCUAUGAUAACAAGAGGACCUGGCAGUGGGUGACCAGGUCAAAACUGGACCCGCUGGGAGUGGACUCUGGACUGGAUAGGGACAAAAUCUCGGCGGUACGAAGGGCCAAUGCUAGGAGGCCCUUAAUCGAAGCCUACAAACGCUCUUUGAUGCAUAGGUGUCUUAGGUUCGGCGAGAAUUACGAUGACGUUGUUAAAGUUGUCUUGAAUUAGUCCUCUUUUUUUGCGUAGCUUUUUUUUGUAAUAUGUUUUAGGUAUGUUUUUAAUGAAUUAUCUUUUUCGGUUUUGUUAUUUUUGAAAAUGUUUUAUUUUUUUAGUCUUGAAUUUAUUUUUCAAAAAAAAAAACUUUAAAUAGUCGUUUUGCGAUUGGUUUUUUUUUUAUUGUAAGUAUAAUGACGUCAUCCUUGCAAAUGUGUCGCGUUGAUUAUGUCGUCAUCAUGUUUUAUGUGUAGAGUUUUUUUUUUUAUUUUCCUAGGUGUCCAGCUUGAUUUAGAAUAAUUUUUAUAUUAAUAAUAAUAAUAAUAAUUUUAUUAUUUUACUCAUUUUUGAUUAAUGUUUUUGUACAUACGUAUGUAGAUGUCUAUGUACGAAUUAAUUAACUUU